AUGGUGUUUCGCCGUCCUCUCAGUAUAUGUCUGGUAUCGAAGCUUUCGCACUAUUUUUCGCUCAAAGAGCUCCGGGUCUAUAGGGUGUUGGUUCUGAUGCUCACAUUUUUUGUAUAUCUAACGUAUCAUAUGUCCCGACGAUCGUUAAGUAUUGUAAAGCCGGCACUCAAUCAUAAAAAUUGUUCCGAUAUAUUGCCCGAUAUGUAUGAUUCAAAUAAUACUGAUAUUGAUGAGCACUGGUGCGAUUGGGCACCCUUUUCAUCCCGUACAAUGUUGGGUACGUUGGAUCUAGUGUUUCUUAUAUCAUACUCUGUCAGUAUGUAUAUCAAUGGUAUGAUAGCUGAGCGCAUGAAUUUGCGAUACUUUCUGACAAUUGGUAUGUUGUUCUCUGGUAUUUGUAAUAUAUUGUUUGGUUUGGCCUACUUUCUCGGAAUUCAUUCGUUGGGUUACUUCUAUUUCGUACAAAUCAUUACUGGCAUCGGUCAGUCAACUGGUUGGCCAGGUGUAUUGGCCGCAGUGGGCAAUUGGUUUGGGUCAUCCAAAAGAGGUCUAAUGUUUGGUAUCUGGAAUUCGCACUUAUAUUUCGGUAACAUAGCCGGUGCUGCCAUUGCUGGCCUAUUUGUUGAUGACAAAUGGGGAAUGUCAUUUAUUGUUCCCGGUAUUAUUAUUGCCGGCACCGGUAUACUGGUGUUUCUGUUUUUAGUUCAAAAACCAGAAGAAGUGAGUUUGAGUCUGAAUUCAAAUGCGGAACAAACGCCUGUAAAAGCCAAUGAUAAGCUUAAGACUCAAAUCCAGUUUAGUUCAUCUUCUGAUGUCGAGUCAGAUCAGCUCAAUAAUCAUAAGGCUAUCAGUAUUAUUGAUGCACUUAAGAUACCGGGAGUCAUCGAGUUCUCAAUCUGUCUGUUCUUUGCCAAACUGGUGAGCUAUACAUUCUUGGAUUGGUUGCCACUAUAUAUUGUGUCAUCAAAUGAGGGCAUAUCAAGCUCUAAGUCUGCUUACAUGACAAUUGUGUUUGAUGUGGGAGGCAUUGCCGGUGGUAUUAUCGCUGGAUAUCUGGCCGAUAGGACAGGUGCCAGUGCAUUGUGCUGUAUAGUUAUGCUCAUAUUUGCUAUACCUUCAUUGGGUAUUUAUAGAUUAUACGGUAACACUUCUGAAGUGGUCAAUGAAAUCCUCCAAUUUAUAGCCGGCAUAUUUGUCAACGCACCGUAUGCUUUAAUAACUACCGCUGUGUCCGCCGAGUUGGGCUCCAAAGUGCCGUCCAAGUCGGCAAUGGCCACAGUGUCGGCCAUAAUCGAUGCCACCGGCAGUAUUGGAUCGGCAGUCGGACCCUCUUUGGCUGGUUUUGUAUCAGAGUAUGACUGGAAUUAUGUGUUUAUAGUCGUUAUGCUCUCAGAUUUGUGUGCAUUAUUGGUAUUAAUAAGAGUCGGUUAUAACGAUAUAAAACAAUUAAUAUUUAAGUGGAGGACUCAUAGGACCCGAAACAGUAAUAGUAUGAAUCAGGAUAUCAUUUCAGUCACUACUUAUUAA